CCGUCCAGCCAGCAGCAAGAGCGGACCCGAAGAGAGCCUGGAGCAGCGCAGGUUCUCCUCGCAGCAUCAGAAACUUUCUCUUUACCGCCCCCCACGGCUAAAAACAAAGCCUUUUGCAAACUUCUCCAAGUGCCGCUCCUUUCCGUGGGUGCUCCCCAAGUAGCCUUCGUGGGCGAGCCCUAUUUAUAUGGUGAUCCGAUCUAGCCGGGAGCUGAGCACCCCCCCGGCCCCCUCCCCCAAGUCUGUUUCCGCGGAUCAUCGCUGCCGUCGCCGCCGCCGCCUCCCCCGGACGCUGUGCAGGAUUCGCCCGCGAGAGGAGCUUCCCAGGCGGCCGGAAAGCGGCAGCCGCCGGAGCAGGAAGCCCGAGGCGCCCCUCCGUGGGGCAGCGGCGGCAACAGCAGCAGCAGCAGGCGUGCGCGGCUCGGGCGCUCGUCCCGGAGGGGAGCGGAUGGCGCGGCCGGGCUGCCUGGUGGCCCUGGCCGUCGCGCUGCUGGCGAGCUGGGCUCCCGGGGCGCGGGGCGCGGCGUGCGAGCCGGUGCGCAUCCCGCUCUGCAAGUCGCUGCCCUGGAACAUGACCAAGAUGCCCAACCACCUGCACCACAGCACGCAGGCCAACGCCAUCCUGGCCAUCGAGCAGUUCGAGGGGCUGCUGGGCGUGCACUGCAGCGCCGACCUGCUCUUCUUCCUGUGCGCCAUGUACGCGCCCAUCUGCACCAUCGACUUCCAGCACGAGCCCAUCAAGCCCUGCAAGUCCGUGUGCGAGCGGGCCCGCGCCGGCUGCGAGCCCGUCCUCAUCAAGUACGGCCACGCCUGGCCCGAGAGCCUGGCCUGCGACGAGCUGCCCGUCUACGACCGAGGCGUGUGCAUCUCCCCGGAGGCCAUCGUCACGGCCGAGGGAUCCGAUUUCCCUAUGGAUUCUAAUAAUGGCAACUGUAGAGGCACCAGCGCUGAACGCUGCAAAUGCAAGCCGAUCAAAGCUACACAGAAGACUUAUCUUCGGAACAACUACAACUAUGUCAUUCGGGCUAAAGUGAAGGAGGUGAAGACCAAAUGUCAUGAUGUCACUGCAGUAGUCGAAGUAAAGGAGAUUCUAAAGUCUUCCUUGGUGAACAUUCCUCGGGACACCGUUAACCUGUACACAAACUCCGGUUGCCUGUGCCCACCUCUCAAUGCUAAUGAAGAAUAUAUCAUCAUGGGUUAUGAAGAUGAAGAACGCUCCAGGUUACUCUUGGUAGAAGGCUCCAUAGCUGAAAAAUGGAAGGAUCGUCUUGGUAAAAAAGUGAAGCGCUGGGAUCAGAAGCUCCGUCAUCCUGGUAAAGGCAGAAAUGAACCCGGGCAAAGUGAAUCUGCUCAGAAGUCUGGCAGAACCACCAAUCCCCGACAAAGGCGCAACUAAAAGGAAAAUGUCACAGGUCAAAAACAUUGAAAUAAUCCACGGACUUGUAUAAAUUAAAGACUUGCCUAGAUGGGGCAGCAAAGGAGAAAUUGCACUAUUGCACGUUGCAUUCUAUUGUUUACUAUGAGGUCAUGUUGUAGCUAAUAUUAGUUUUAUCUCCCCCUUGAAUUUUCUGGCCCCUUGAUUUGCAGGAGAAAAAUGGUAUAUACUAUUCUCUCAAUAUUCGUGGAUAACAUCUGAUUUUUUAAAAAUUGCAAAUCUGAUGAGGUUAGCAGAUGCUAUGGUCAUUGGACACCAUUACCCAAACCAGAAAUUGGUGUGUGCUCUGGACACAUACAUCUCUGGAACAUGCAAGCCGCCCCCUUCAGUUCUACAGAGGGACCUGAUGCGAACAUGUGUUCCUUCCGGAACACAAACAGUCGGAUCAGAGCAGUGGCUGGGGAGGCAAUAAUGACGUAGGGCUAGUUCAAAUUAUUUUCUCCUUAAAUACAAGCUAUGAGCAGUUCAGGAGUGAGACUGAGCCUUUUCUGGCACUCUCACCAGGUGUGUGUAGCAGAUGAGCGUGUGUGCCGAGAAACUUUCUGUUUGGGUUCCACGCAUAACAACUUGUGUGCACAAGCCUUAGGCAUGUGUUCAAUAGUCUGCAUGUUACAUGGUGGUGAUCCAUAUAAUUCAGCCUUAUCCACCACCAGAAUGAAGAGCAGACAGUUGUGUUGUGUUGUGUUUCGUUUCAUUUCAUUUCAUUCACAACUGCUGCACAAUACAUAGCCUGUGUUUGGGUGGAAAUAUAAUCUGGGCUACCCUAAAAUUACACAGGAAAAUGGAAUCAAGAGUACAUUCAGAAUCUACUUUUUUCUAUGUGAGAAAAAAUUAAGGCUAAAUGCACAUGCAAAAUAAAUCUGGGGGUGUACUUGUAGAACCAGAAACAAGAGUGUUGCAAACUACUGCUGUGAUUUAGCAAUGCAGGCAGAAGGAAAUCAAAAAUUGCGUAACAAAACUAUUUUUUGCAUUUGUCAUUUUACCUGUGCAGUGAUGGAGGCUUGGUUGCCCUUGGCGUUCACUGCCUCCUCCCCCACCCCCUUCCUCCCACACUUGAAACCCUUCUUGGUACUAUGGAAAAAGGAUUAUAAAAAGGGCUUCUACCAAGCAUUCAGUGCAUAUCUGAGCAGGCCUGUUAAAUGCUGAUUCCUCUUAAAUAAACCACUUGUAUUAAGUCUAGCUUUAAAGCCCUAACCAUGACAAAUACUGCACAGAGGACUUGCUGGUGAAUAUCUCCAUCCUUGUGGGAAAGGUUGCAUAGCACCGUUAAGUCUUGCCAAAAGUUAGGUUGUACUUGCUCGCGGAUAACAUGUGCUUCCCUUUUUCUUCUUUCACACUGGUUGCAAUGUCACAGAGGUGGGUUGUCACCACCAGGCCUCCUUGGCCUAGGCCUGCACUUUGUCAUUUUGUCAGUGUCAUUUUAAUUGUUUUUCAGUGUCUACUUUCAACAGCAGCAGCAUCUGACCAGGCAGUCCAAUAAUUACCGCUAUUAAGAGAAGUACAAGUGUACUUCAUGCAGCAUGUCUCAUAAAAGAACUGCAGCCAUAAACAGAGACUUUAUUCUUACUUUUUGCAACAAAUGUACAAUUUUUAGCCAAUGAUAUGUAUUUCUAUUCAACAUGUACCAUCUGGGCAUCCUGACAAGUGGUGUCCUUUAAGCCUUACAAAACAGUGCCAAUAGCUGGAAACUGUAAUUCUCCCUCCCUCCCUCUUUCUUCUCUGUCUCUCUUUAAAGUACAGAAAUAUCAGUAGAAUACUGAACUAAAAUAAAGCAAAUAUUUUAGCAGAAAAUAAAACAUUUAUGUUACAAA